AAGAGAUAAGAGUUGCGGAAUUGGGAUUACCGCCCAGAUUCGCGUGUGCCAAAGUUGGAAAGGUCGCUCUUUAAAAGCCGGCCCCUUCGACACGAGUCAAGUAUUUGCUGUGCGCUAUUCUCUGUUUUUCGAAUUACAAACUAGUUUGCAUUCCUGGUGGAUUGGGCAGAGGAAUCUAGUGAGGAAAUGGAGGCCGUAGCAUGGAGAACUCUGCUGUGUUGGUGUUUGGUGUUGUGGUGGAACCUGAGGAGUGCUGAGGGCGCGGAUAAAGACAUGGACUUCCACGUCGAGCAUUUCGAGGAGAGCAUCAUAGAACUGCGGAAGCUGGUCAAGUGCAGCACGUUGGAGAAGGGGGGCGCCCAGUUCCCGCGUCUCUGCCCCAAGAACCGUCUCGGUCGCGACGAGCGCUUCGUCCGCGUCAAGUUCGACUUCGGCCACAACAAAGUUGUCACCUUCGCCGUUGACGCCUCUAACCUCUAUAUAGUCGGAUUCGCCGUUAAUCAUGAAAAGGCGUACCUGUUCACGGCGGAGAGCCCAGACGACAAACUGCCGACGGACUUCUUCGGGCGCGGGAUCAAGUCGACGAAGGACAUGGGCCCGGGGAACUAUGACGACAUGGAAAAAGCGAGCGGCGCCCGGACGGGGGUCCAGCUCGGCCUGGAGAGCCUCAACACGGCCAUCUACCAACUGGCCGGGAAGCCGGACGACCUCAGGGUCCGGGCCAACAGCCUCCUCGUCGUCAUCCAGAUGGUCUCCGAAGCGGCCAGGUUCGGCUACGUCGAGCACCGAGUCAACAACUGGGUCUCCAGCUACCCGGACCUCAAGACGAUCAACCUCGAGAACAAGUGGGGCACCAUCUCCGAGCAGAUCCAGAAGGCCGACGCCAAGACCGGCAAACUCCCCGCCCCCUUCACCAUCUUCGACGAGCAGGAGAACCGACAGCAGAUUCAGACCCUUCAAGAUGUCAUCGACAAGUGUGGCGAUGUGCGGAUGAUGCUCGCCAAGUGAGGGAGUCCUCUCCCCAAAAUCCACCGGGCUCAUACUUGACAUUGAUGGACAAAGCUAUAUAGAAA